AUGACUGCCUGCAUGUGUGUAUCCAUGAAUUAUUUCCCUCUGUCCAAAGAAAGAAACUGCGAGCUCAACGACGCUAACAAAGACAUGGAGCCAGCGGCGAUGAAAUGGAGUCAAGGAGGAAAUUAUUAUGAUUUGGUGAGAAGCUACACGGUGAAGGUGAGAGAUAGAAUCGUGAGUUGUUGAUAGAAUUGUCUUAGUUUUUCUUCUCACUUACAUUUUUAUCACAACCUAGCGCGCGUGCAGGGCCUACCUAUAUCCUAAGGGAGCUACCGUAAUAAAAGUUCCUUGUUAUAUACCUAGACUUUCACUCAACAAAACGAGGACUGUAAUUGGUUAAUUCUUAGUCACAUGCCCCUGAUCAAAUUCAAAUGUAUCCCGACCGGGAUACAAUUACGCAGUUGUUGCCCGCGCGCCGAAUACAACAGCAUGUUUUUGCCAUAUGUUUGUUUAAAGGAAAGUCUUAAUAUAUAACAAAGUACUUAAUGUAAAUUUAGUACACGUCCUUGCAUCCAUAACAUGAAGUGUGCAGUUUCAUUUCGGCUAAAAGUCCCGUCUAGUUUAGCCCCGAGAAUUCAAAACUAUCACUGAAGAUUGUUUUUCAGUUCUAUCCCGAUUGAGAUAGACCUUUGUAGCUCAAAAGGAAAACAAAAUAUGCUGAGUAAGACUCGUUUCGAAAAAAACAAUGAACAAGUAGCUCUUCGAGCGACGUAAUUAGUUUCAGAGUUGACAAUAUUUUAUUUACAAACGCGAUGAGAAUUAAGGCUGGAAACUGGAAAAUAUUAUUGUGAAGCAUUGACAUGUACCAAAGUUUUGUUCAAUGGAAUAUUUUGUUUUAGAAAUCGUACGAUUUUCAGAAUUUUUAGUUCAAAGCUAUGCAAUUUUCGGGUAGUAAAUUUUAGUAAACAGCGGCAUUUCAAGCAGCGUAAAUCUACCACACGUGUCUCGUAAAUGCGAGAAAUUUAUAGGCUUUUGCUUCGUGCUUUGAACGGUUGAUAUCAGUUCUAAGUGUUGAUAUACCCUAAAAGUAUUGUUAAAUAGCAGAUUUUAAUUUUAAAACCGUACAAUUUCAGAAUUCUCAAAAUCUCUAACAGAAACAUGCGCAAAUUUCUGGCGUCGAAUUCUAGUAAACAACGAUUGAAGCAUGUCGAAUGCAAGAAAUUCGUUCGUUUCUGCUUUUGAGCAGAAAAUUUACAAUUCUUUGAAUAAAGAUUUGGUCUCAAAAUAUUUCUUGGUCAUUUUUUUCUUGUCAUUUAUUCAUAGUUUUCGGGUUGAACACGAUUACCAGGUAAAUCAGACAAAGUUGUAAUGAACUCCUACACAACUUGCAUGCUAUGUUAUAACGGAAUUUGUUCACGCUUUACCUAUACCUCGAGUUUUGGAUGCACUUGGGAGUUUGAAGAGCACUCAAGCAACCCUUACGCUUCUCUCGUGCUCUUAAAACUUAGUUCCCGCGUGCAUCCAUAAUUUGAUAUACACAAGCUAAGACCAAUUCUUUUUUUAUACGUCCCCCCUCCUAUAAAUUUAUUUCCGAAUAUCUGCAGCGCUUGACUUUACCUUAAGCAGGGAAUAGUUUGAGGGAAAAAAGGUUCAUUUUCAAUUAGGGUGGAGGAAGCUACAUUCCAGGGAUACAUCGCUGCGUUAAUAGAUGCUGCAACCAGAAUCCCUGCCUCAACGGGGGGGUAUGUCAGGAGAUUUGUGACAAUUGCAGCCCCAGGUUUAACUGCACCUGUUCUUACAAAUACACUGGUAAGUGUUGUGGUCAGACUACACAUCCAAGAAACUGCAAAGACAUCGCUGACAACGGGGACUCACAAUCAGGAAAAUACGAUAUUUUUGAUUCAGCCAAUAAACCGUUUUCUGUUUACUUUGACUUGCAGGGAGAACCUGGCUUUGUAUGGGCAUUGAUACAGUCGUUCUCCAUCGCCAAUAAGGCCACAUAUAAGGAUAAGGGGUUUGGCACGGAUUUUCCUGUGAAUGACAAUAACAAUGAACCGGACUGGAACUCUUACCGCCUUUCCUUAUCACAUAUGCAGUCUCUCUCAAAUCACUCUACACAUCUCAGAGUAACAUGCAACUUACCUGCAGAUGGCCUGCAGUAUAAGGACGACGCACGCGCAGUUAUGGCAGCUCAUGACAUAUUCGGUAACUGGGGUGGAGAUUGCAUACUGUUUGUGUAUAUUAACAUCCGUGGAAUUAACUGUUCUGAUUGCACCGCCUACACGAGAAUGGAUCUUAAUGGUGCUUGGUUCGUGAACAGUUUCAAAAGCAAGGAAAACGGAUGCGAUUUUGAUUGGUCACUGGGAGCAGUUGACAACGAAAAUAAUUUUGGACGGUAUCGUUCAGGAGCGAUAAAUACGAAUCACCGCUGCUCCUCUUUGGAUCCUUCUACAACGCAAUACUGGUUUGGAGUUAAACAUGAAUAG